AUGUCUGAUAAUAUCGAAAAUUACUUUUACCGUAACUGUCAUCAACCAAACCAGGAUUUGUACUUUAAAGAAUGGCUUCCAAGUGUAUAUUUACCUAGUGUCGAAGUUUUAAGGAAGGCUAACCUUAAUACAGCAGAAAGUCAAUAUCGUCAAGAACUUGAAAAUAGUUCAAGAAAUAAACGUAAGCUAAAGGAUAUUAUUUUAUUUCAAUUUGACGCUAUAUCUAAGAAUGCUGGCACUAUAAGCAUCGAAGGAUACAGUGCAGGGGAUUUGUCGUCCGGUAUGGAUUAUCUUAUACUAGGUAUGAUACGGGCAAUGCCAUCAAGUAUCUUGUCGUCAUCCGUGGGCAUGAAUCUCAUUAAAAAAAAAAAAUAUGAAAUAUGA